UUCAACAUUUAAUGUCACGACUCACGUACUCUAUGCUAAUAUUACAAUAACGCGACAAGGGACAAAAUUGGAAACAAGAAAAAGGAGAUAACUGCGCACGAAGAACGGGUCUCAAGCUCUCCGACAAGACAUGCGCACCACAAAUUUAUUUAGUCUCCGUAUAUAAACUCUCCAUUUCCAAAACCUUCACAAUCUUCUUCUUCUUCUUCCUCAAAAACAAAAUCAUGAGACCUGCACAAGAUAAUCAAGGCUCGUUCCUUGGCCGGAUCAGUAUCCGUCGCAACCAGUUCGUUGACGUCAACAACGAACAAGAACAAGAAGAUCUCGAGCUUUUCCAAAAACACAUCGCCGAUCGUUUCACCGAUCUUCUCUCUCCUACUCCUCCUCCUCACACGGAGCAGAUUAUGUCCGUGACCUGGCUUCGUAAGCUAAUGGAUGUUUUCCUCUGUUGCGAAGCUGAAUUCAAAGCGAUUCUCUUAAUGGGCCGUGACCCAACCCAGAUUUCUAAACCGCCUUUUGACCGGUUAGUUCCUGAAAUGUUAGACCGGUCGAUUAAAGCGCUUGAUAUUUGUACCGCCGUUGUUAACGGAAUCGAUUCCGUUAGACAUUACCAGCGAUUAGCUGAGAUCGCUGUAACGGCUUUGGAGCAACGUCCGUUAGGUGACGGUAACGUGAGAAGAGCGAAACGCGCGUUGGCGAAUCUCGUCGUCGCCUUGAGUCUCGAGGAUAAAGAGAAUGUCAGCGGCGGAGGCGGUGGCGGCGGCGGAGGGAACAAAACGACGGAGAGAUCGUGGUCGUUCGGUCGUCGUAGCGGUGGAUCAUCGGCGUUUCUGUUUAUCACGUACAUUCCGAGAACUUAA